GCCCUCUUCUGGAUGGAAUCAAAAAGUGUUUGAUUAUUUCCACAUAGAUAAAAUGCGGUGGUCUGCUUUUCAAUGGAAGACGACUUAAAUUUUUUCCUUGUGUCUGUGUAAUCACAAAAGUUACACUACAGUGGAAUGAGAGUAUGAAAUUCUAAGGGACGGCUUCAUAAUUCUCUACAUAGUUAGCCAAGUUUUUUUAAAGUAGAGAGUUUUUAGCCAACUUGCUCCCAUCCUGCCCCAUUUCUUUCCUAUAUUUAUCAGUGCUUAAACCACACUGUUAUUUCCUUGCAAAGUACUUAAUCCUGCUUCACAAAAAUAAUGGCAAACAUUUCCAUAUCUCUUUGUUGCUUAAGGUAAGCAUGUUAAACAUAAAAUAUUACAGUUGGAAGGGUUCUUAUAUAAUCUCUUCCUCUGUCCCAAGUCAGGGUCAAAUAUUUCUUUGCUACUCUAGAUAAGUGUUUGGAUGACCCCUAUUAAAGACAGCUGAUAGCAGAGAGCGCACAAUUUUUGCAGGGAACACAGUCCACUGCUUUACCAGUUAACUAUUAGUGUUCCUAUAGGUUUGUUUAUAGACUCAUGACAUGAGUAAAGGGCUCUAGAGAUGAUUUUCAAAAGGACCCAUUUGUCAGGGAGCUCGAGUUUCUUUCUGCGAGCACUCAUCUUUAAAUUGAGUGCAAGGAUUAAGAUGCAAAGUAGAAAGGCUGUAGACAAAACAUUCCUUAAAGAGGGUUUCAGUUCUUGACAGUGGAACCAGGAAGUUGGAGGUUUUUCUCGGUAUUAUGUAUGCGUAGUCAUACAACCAGUGCACGCUUUGAAACUUUCACUGCACAUCUGUGCAUCACUGCGUGGACUAGGCACCAUGCCAAAGGCUGAAUUCCUGCGAGUCCAUGCAGCUCCCACACGUUUACAGCACUAGGACCCAGAGGGAGCUUAAUUUCUGUGAGUCAGUGCAGCUAGCUGAGCCCCGAGAGCAGUGAAUGAGGCUGGAAAAGCAGAGGGAAUGUGAAUGGCUCUUCUGGCUUGGAAAAGUGUCCACGGACCGGGGUGCUACAGACUACAAAACAGCUUGGACAACCCUCCAGAAUCCCUGUACCCCUGACGUCCAGUGAUACUGCUCUGAGGGUCUGUAACAAUGUGCUAAUAAAAGAACAGAUUCUGCUCCCAUUGACUUGUUAUGUAUCAAGACUCCCAUUGAUUUCAGCAGAAAAAGAUUCAAGCACAAAGACAGAAAAAAUCAGAAGUGGAACACAGAAUAAGCAACUCCCAGACUCAGCUACGCAGUCGAACUGGCCCGAUGGCAUGCUGCAGCCAACCCCAGCUCAGCGUCUGGAUGAAAUAAAGACCUUGCUGGGGGAGCAAUUUUUUGUGCAGUACACUCAGAGGUGCAUAGCGUAAUGUCCAUGCUGUACUACACUCUGAUUAUAGCUUUUUUGAUCGGCACACAGGCAGCUCCAAAGACAGAGGGCAAUGCUCCACUGGAGUAUCCUGCAGAACACUCCCUGCUCAAUACCCACCGGAGUAACAGACAUCACAUUCCCCAGGCAGCUCCACAGACGUCCCACAGCCACUCCACUUGGACGAUAGGUAGAAAAGAAGCUAUAAAUAUCACCAUGGACCCAAAACUUUUUAAGAAGAGGCGGUUCCACUCUCCUCGGGUGCUGUUCAGCACACAGCGCCCCCCAGUAUCAGGGCAAGGCCAGAAUCUGGGAUUUCUCAGCAGCGCAGGUUCUCUCAACAGGACUGCCAGGACCAAGAGGACCACACAUCCCGUAUUACACCGGGGAGAGUUCUCUGUGUGUGACAGUGUCAGCAUGUGGGUUGGGGACAAAACCACAGCCACUGACAUUAAAGGCAAAGAGGUGACAGUGUUGGGAGAGGUCAACAUUAACAACAACGUUUUUAAGCAGUACUUUUUUGAGACCAAGUGCAGGGACCCUAAGCCAGUCUCCAGUGGGUGCCGAGGGAUUGAUGCAAAACACUGGAACUCUUACUGCACCACAACACACACCUUUGUCAAAGCGCUGACAAUGGAGGGCAAGCAAGCAGCCUGGCGAUUUAUCCGAAUCGACACAGCUUGUGUAUGUGUGCUCAGCAGGAAGUCAGGGAGACCCUGAGCUGGAUCUAAGCCCCAUGACAGCAUCCUCCUACCCCCCUACCUCACACUGUAAAUUAUUUUAAGUUAUAAAGGACUGCAUGGUAUAUUUAUAGUUUAUACAGUACAGAAACAACCUCAUUAUUUAUUAAACUCUUUUGGAAACCUUU